UUUCGAAGGAAAUUUAAAGCUUUUUGUCGCUUUGGCUGACCACGUUUGUAGCUAAUUUUUUUUUUUUUUUUUUUUUGGUGACGAUCGACGACCUCGUGGCCACAGUCGAGACUACACGACCGGCGACCGCGGAGGGCGACACGGAUAAGGACGCAGGCAUAGAGAAACGGACGGAUAUGGACUCGCAGUGGUGCUGGUUGCUCGAGGUGGGCUUGGCCGUGGCGGUCAUGGGCCACCUGGUGCUGCUGUACCUGCAGCGACUGCGUCAGCGUCAGCAGCUGGCGCAGAUGACCUUGGAUGAGCAGAAGCUCGCCUAUCUGCUGCACACGACCGAGGCGGAGGCUGAUCUACAGGAUUUGGAUCUAACCCACCUCCAACUGGCACAAAUUCAGCCCCAUCCGCGCCUGACUGCGGUUCGCACCUUGCGCGUGCAGUUGACUCCUAACCUGGCCAUCCAUCCCGACGCCCUCGAGCAGCUCGCCAAUGUGGGCAUGGUCGUGGCCGAAGGAGCGCAUCUCACUGCCGCACUCUUUGCACAACUGGAAACGCUGCCUAAAUUGCACACGCUGGAUUUGUCACGCGCCCGUGCCGUUGUCGAACACGACAAUAGCGUCGCUGGUUACUACACCGCCCGCGACCUGUACGAGCUCAUGCUCAAGCGCGACAAUCUGACUCUGCUCCUGCCCAGCCAUGCCCGCGUGCCGAUUGGAGAGGUGGUCAAGGUGUUCCCCAAGGCCGGUGUAGCCGUGCUGGGUCUCUACGAUGCGCUCAAGAUUGGCGACGUGAUUCUGCAACAGCGCGCCAACCAGACUUUCGAGGGCGCCAUUCGCACCGACGAUCAUGAACAGCUGCAAGUGGCAACUCCUCUUCCCGAUGUGCCCAUCACCGACGUUCGCAACCAGGUGGCCGUCAAGAUGAGCGAGCUGGGUACCAAGGGCGACCAACUCAUGUGGACUGGACAUGUGCAAAUGCGCUCCCUCAAGCUUCGCCCAAAGCCAGCCAGCAAUUAG